AUGAACGCAAAUAAUCUUGCACAGCUUCAUAAGUAUGUACCACCUAAGUGGGCUUCAUCCCUGAAGAACAUUCCAAAGCAUUCCCUCAAGGUAAAACAACAUGAAUGCAGAUCAAAUCGUACAAUCGAAGUAUGAAAGUGUUUUUGUAUAUCAGUAAUUGAAUAUGGUAGUUUAGUGCAGUCUUAUUACGUUUCAAAUUAUCCUGUAUGUCAAACAUGCUACCAGGAUAAUCGCAUGUAAGACGAAGGUUGGUUACAUUAGCACGCGAUCAAGUAACAACACUACCAAUACUUUAUUUUAUGAUUUCUGUUUGAUUUUCAAUGACCAGAUAGGAAAGGCAACUUUACGAGGGAAUGCUAAAUAACUCGUUGAAUGAGUGGGGCUAUACCACAACGACACUUGGAGUUAACUGCUUAUGAUUAGGUUUUGCAUCUAAUAGGUUGAGAGGAUUAAUAUAUAGUCUAAGUAAACAUCCAGAUCAUUGAUUCAGGCCUGCAUGGCCAUGGUUCAUAUUCCUACAUGCUACACUUGGCUAUAGCUAGCUGUUGACUGACAUUUGGUCGACAUUUGAUGACUUUGUUUAUUAAUUAAGUGGUUGCAGAUGAGUGCUGGGUGAAAUUAAUUGUGCUGUAUUCUUCCCAGCAAGAUGCUUUAUAACUCCCAUGCUAACUAUAAGUUUUGCCAUUUUGUAGCUCGCUCAACGUAACACUCCAAUCCACCCAUGGAAUAUUCCCAAUGCCCCAAAGGAGUUUUCAAUAUUCAUCAAAAGGGAUGACCUGACUGGAUGUGCUCUGUCUGGAAAUAAGGUGUGAUUUACCAAAUAAAUAUAUAUUCAGCCUAGUUAACUUAAUGCUUUUCUUGGAAAGUUCAAAUAAAUUUGCAACCAAAUUAAAAUUAAAAGUUGGCAAAUUGUCUACCUGUGUUUGGAAGUCAUGUCACAAACUGUAAAACUUAACUUAAAGGUACUUUUUAGGAUGAAGUGAGGUGAAAACUUUUCUUAAGAUGUUAUCAAUGGUCAUCCCCCUUCAGGCUGUCUGUAUUUAACAAUGUUACUUGAAUUUCCACAAACAGUUGCCAACACAUGAAAAUGUAGUGGUCAAAUAUCUAAACAUUUACAAAUGUGAAGACCUGAAAAUGCCAUCCCAAUAUCAUGCUUUCACGCAGUCAGAAUCAAGCUGCCUCACUUGAGUUUGAGACAGCCACAAACGUCAGUAGUCAGGCUGUUUUUAUAAAACAUUUAAGUUUAACAGUAGAGCUUAUGGAAAAUUGAUAAAUUAACACUGUACUGGAUAUCCAGAAUCAAAUGAACAGAAAACCUUGAAAAUUGUCAAGUUUCCCUUAUCUCUGCUUUUGUUUCUAUUUGUACAUUUUUAUGAACUUUUUACUUCUUUUUACCAUAUCGUGUGACACUGCUGUUUAUUUCUUAUAUUCCCUUUGAGUUUGCACAAGUGAUCACACGACAUUAUAUAGGCUUUUGUAUAUGUAUGUCUCGCUAAAGAGGUUAAUUAUUUCAAUUAAGUAUGAAUUGAUCGUAAGUAACUUAGUUGCUUUGUUAUGUUAUAGGUUCGUAAAUUGGAGUUUGUUUUGGCUGAUGCUCUAGAGAAGAAGUCUGACACAGUGAUAACAUGUGGUGGUCUCUUUUCCAAUCAUUGUAGGACUACUGCAGUUGCAACGAAGCAACUUGGUUUGAAUUGUUACUUGCUGCUAAGUUGUUCUGAUCAGGUAAUACAACAAUUAUACCUUUCCCUAACAUUUUGUAGCUCAAGCACCACUUGUUGUUACAAAGUGUCUUUUUUACAUGAGCAACAACAAUAUCUGUGUUAUUGCUAACUCUCUGACCACAGCCAACCUUUUGUUUUCUUUUCCUUGUAGAAGACAGUCAAUGUUGGAUGUAAAGGGAAUCUUCUUUUAAAUAGGAUGGCUGGAAGUAAUAUUAUUCUUGUUCCAGAGUUGAAAUAUGAGGCUGGCCUUCAACCAAUGAUGGAGAAAAUGGCAGAAAAAUUGUAGGUAGCUGAUUUGUUCAAAUUAUUUUGACAACUUUUGAUAGCUGUUUUGAGUCAAAGGUGCAAGACUUUAAGAGAGAAUCCAAUCAUUUUGAAUUAAUUAAACCAAAAGAUCUAUGAGAUUAUUCCAAUUAGAAAUAGUUUAGAAAUCCUGAAAAACUUAGUAAGAUGCCCUAAAAGGCCAGUUAACUAACAAGACCUCCUCUUCACUGACUUCCUUCAACAAUGGAAGCCUCAAGGAAGUUAGGAUCACUGACAAAAUACAAAGCUUUGGUUUUAUCUUUUCUUAUCGUUACAUCAUUUCUUUGCUUUUUUUAUAAGACGUGUUUUUCGUCAGAGAUAAAAAUUAAUGUUUGUUCUUGUGUAGGUGUGAACUUAAAUUGUAUUAUUUUCAUCAAAUUUUUUUAUCCUAAGGCAUAAUGAGACUGGUGUGCCCAAGGGAUUGGGAGUUUUUGUAUCCCAGUCCCACCUUUCAUUCCCAGAGAAACUUUAACUCCCACAAGUGAUUAACAUGUAACUUCUCCUUAUGAUAUCCAUAUCUUAUCUAGCAAACAGAUAAUGAGAAUACUCUAACUUAUCAGGUAGAAGCUGUUAUCUUGAUCUUACCACAAAUUCUCAUAAAUAAACAAAUAUUGAAGCGAUUCUCACAGUUAUGAACACUACUUAAGAAAUAGUGAAAAUAAAGCCAGAAAAAAUUCAGGCCUGUACGAAAUUUGAACCCAUGACCUCUGCAAUACCAGUGCCGCACUCUACCAACUGAGCUAACAAGCCAACUGGGAGCUGGUCAUAAUGUUGGUUCCAAAUAAACCUGUGAAGUGGUGAAUAAAUGACUGUAAAUAUAUGAAAUUCAUAUAUGUGAACUGCAUUUGAAGAAAUGAAUAUGGAAGCGAUCCUUGCAGUUAUGAACACCACUUGAGUAAUAAUGAAAAUAAGGUCUGAAAAAAUUCAGGCUUGUACGGCAGUUCAAGCAUGAAUUUUCAUUACUACUAAACUGCAAGGAUUGCUUUCAUAUUAAUUUCUUCAUUUAUACAAUAUCAUGCAGACAAUUAGUGAUGAGAAUAAAGAAAAAUAUCAGUUAUGGGAUUAAUAAUUGAUCCGAUACCAAAUUCUCCAAACUAAUAUAAUAAGAAUCAUUUGGCACUCAGAAAAGAGAAUUACUAAUAAGAUCUUGAGAGUUAAAGGGUUAACAAUCACAUCUUGGGAGUUGAACAGUUCACAGUAGAGUAGAUACUCUUAAAUGAUUUUCUCUUGGAUAAAAUCUUUUCAGACGUCAGCAAGGUUCAGUCCCAUAUCUGAUAGAGGCUGGAGGUUCUUCAUAUACAGGAUUGUUUGGUUACCUGACAGCAUUUCAAGAAAUGAUGGAUCAAGUGAGUUAAUAAUUUAAAUUAGAACAUGAUCCAUUGCUCAACAAAUUCUGCUCAUUUGUGGACUUUAAUCUAUAAGCUUGUAACCAAGGCUAGUAACCCAAAGUUUUGUGUGAAGAGGAUUUUAUUAAUCAUUCAGUUUCACUAAUCAUUCAGGAAGGUACACUGCAGUCUUAGGCCUUUUUACUGAUCAACAAGUCAAUGGGCAAAAAGGUUUUUCAUUUCCUUAAAAUGAUUCCUGUCAUUCAUAUCUCUCAAUAUUUUACAGAAUUUAGGCAUGUAUCACCCCUCAGUCAAAUUCAAAUUUAAAGGUUAUUAAACCCUUUAUUCCCUGGUACUGCAUGAUUAACAUUCAACCUUGCCCUGGAAGCCAAUUGGUUGAGAAGCUGAAAUACUUGAGGAAAUUCGAAGUCUGCAGCUGAGGCUUAGCAAUUAAUGAAUCUUUGAUCAAUAUAAUGUGGUUGUUUGUAAACUCAUCUUACCAGUAUUUUGAUUGCUGGAAGUGAACACAUUUUCUCAUCCUUUAAAGAAUCUGCUGGAAGAUUUUGAUGAUAUUGUAAUGGCAGCUGCCACAGGAGGAUCUGCAGCAGGAAUUUCCAUUGCUAAUUAUCUGACAGGUUCAAAACUCAAGUGAGCUAUGAAUUUUCUCAUGAAAGAUUUAAACUUGUAGCUCAGCUAUAGUAUCCAUGAGAACUGUUGAUUUGUUUUAGAUAUUGACCAAAUAGAUAAUAAUAGUCGAAUAAAGAAGAGUAGUCUUCAUAUUAAGUUUUUUCAGAGAGUGCAAUCUCAUCAUAGACAAGUAAAACAUGAAAAUACUUCCUCCAUAUUGUAUUUAGUGUGUUGGUUUUUAGCUCUAUGAUUCAAGGGCACCCAAACUUGUGCACCAAAUCAAUUUUGAAAUUAAUCAAGCCUAUCAUAUUAUGUAAAUUAAUUAGAGUGUUCAUGUACCUACCGGUUAAGAAUUGUAAAUAUGACGAGGAGGAUGAUGAUAGUGAUGGUGUGAUGAUAUGGUGAUAUCAAAAUCCUUCAGCAUUAUUAUCCUGCUGAUACUGUCUAUGGGAGUUCUACACUUUGCUGCUCUUUGAUCCACUAGACUAUAAUUUGCUUAAUUUUGCUUUUCCCAUGUGAAUGUAGAUGCCAUGCAGUAAAUGUACGUGAUGACGAUGCAUAUGUAUACAGCAAGAUAAAUGAAGAACUUCAAGCAGCUGGGCUCUCUGUGCAAGCAGAAGAAAUAAUUGAUGUCAUUGGCGGAUAUCAUUUGCCAGGAUAUGGUAGACCCUCACAAGAAGAUCUAGGUAAUUACUCGUCCUCUUUAGUGUACCAUUGUUAAAGAAGAAGCGAUUACCAUGAAACCUUGAUCUCCUCUAUUCCAAUCCAGCUCCCUUAACAUUGACUCCAGAUCAUGGCCAGCCUAAAAGGCCAACUUAGAAUGGCCAGGGAAUCUACCUGGCUCAAAACUUUGGCCAUGUUAAAGUACUCUGUACAUUGUAAAUCGUACUAUUUCAGUGCAAUACCGUUGUGCCAUUAUCACAAAGUAACUUAUAUUUUCAAUUUCUUAUAUUUCCUUUUUUGUAAAAUGCAAUAUUUAAAAACUUUUCUUGCAGAAUACAUUUUAGAGAUUUCCAGUUCUACCGGAGUGUUGAUUGACCCAGUGUACAACAUAAAGACAGUCAGAGGAAUGCUGGCUGAAAUGACCAACAAUCCCAAGAGAUUUCGAGGAAAUAGGAUACUCUAUAUUCAUACUGGUAUGAGACAUUUUUUAUGAGUUUGAUGAUAGCCCUAAACAGUCUCAACAGAUUGCAUCUGUAGUGAGACUUACUACAGAUGCCCAUGAAUGAUUGCCAGAACCUCUCUAGAUUCCUGGAGCAUGAAAUGACCACUUGAGGAGUUAUUGUUUUUUAUCCUGGAUGGGCUGCCAUAACAGGUUUCCCCUCCUCCUUCCUCCCUUCCUCCCUUCCUUUCCAGAUCCCUUGAUCAGAUUCCCUUGACAAUUUGCCUGUUUCAAUUUACAAUGAUGAGUACCUCAAUAGAAGGGAAAGUUCUGUAGUGGAGGCGCUAGUUGGAGCUAACCGUAACGUUAAUGGGAAUGGAUUGGUCAACGACAAACCAUAUUUAUAAUGGUAAUAGGACCGAGUGGACUCCUGUUUGGGGAGUAAUCCCACGAAUGGGGAAUCCGAUUUAUUAAUCACGAGUAUUAUUACAGACAGAAUUGGACGAGAUAAAGUCCUGUUACCGGUUAAUAAAAACUAUGACAUAAAUUUGAGAAAGAAACUAGACAUUAGGUAAAGUUUUUCAUAAAAAACAGUUAACUCGGCGAAAUGCGAGACAACAGCGCGCGCAAAAGAUGCUUUCUGUCUACUUACACAAACAUGACGUGUUAACUGUUCUUAUAACUGUCCAAUUACAAGCAUAACGCGUAGACUACCCUAUUCGUGCUUUAGUCACAACCGUUACAAUUUCCUCAAAUGUGAUUGGUGCAUUAGCUGCUUUAUUUUUCACUAAUUAUUCUGUACAGUUGUAAUCGGACAGUUAAAGCAGCCAACUGUUAUACUGAGUCCAUUCAGCUAAAUCCACCAAUAAUAGAAUUGAUCGCAACAACCACUAAUCCUAAAAAAGAUAGGGCAAUUUUACUUUAGACAUUGUCUCUACCGGAGAUGUUCGUCCUAACUGUAUUUUUUUCUUUUCGGAAAUUGCAACAGUUAUGAUUAACCGGGUAACAGGACUUUAUAUCGUCCAAUUCUAUUUGUAAUCAUACUCGCGAUUGACAAAUCGGACUCCCGCUUCGCGCUCGUCCGAUUUUGGUAGUCACUCCGAAUCGGAAUCCACUCGGUCCUAUUACCAUUUAACAAUUGGUUCAUAAGUCAGCGUGCGUUCAUCGAGAUAUGAAGCACGCGGGAAGUUUGGAGAGCACGAAAGAUGCGUAAGUAACUCUAGUUUCUUGAGUGCUCCCCAACUUCCCAAGUGCUUCAUAUCUCGAAGAACGCACGCUGACGUAUGAACCAAUUGUUUUAUAACAUUUAUAACAACCCGAUGGAAAAUUUUUUUCUCGAGGGAUUUGUUUGCUGACGUCAUGCAUAAUAGGGAUAUGAAGCACGCUCGCGCAAUUGAAUUUAAUUAGACAAAUUUAUUAGCUAUGUUAUAAUAUUUGGUGAUUACAAUACUCAUGUCAAGAACACUCAAGGUCACAGGUAAUGUCAUGUAUGACCGCCGUGCAUGAUUUUUUCUAAGGAUAAUGUGUCAAGUUCGCGCGCUUUGUGGUGGUUGCUGAUUUGUAGAAACAAAUAAAUUAAUUCCACUUACUGUCGUGACCAUCUUUUUUUUCGUUCAAGGUAAGGGUUAUCAACCGAAGUCGAAGGCUGAGGCUGAUAACCCCUACGUCAACCUUGAUUAUUCUGAAUAUCACAAAAACCUCAUCCAAUAAUUGUUUAUAAAUCGGGCUGGUGAAAACCAAUCACGCUCGAAAUUUUUUUUUAGUUUUGAUUAACAAAUUAAUUGGCUGAGGUAACUUGUCGUAUUACUAUUUUCAAUUAUGUUUUUUUUGUUCUUUAAUAAGGUGGAUGUUUUGGUUUAUUUGAUGGAGGAGUUGAAUCUUUACUGACAAGUUCACGAGGCACACAAUGUAUCAAUGAGAUUCUGUCCUGGAGAGACAUCAACGAUCCUCUGCCGAUCUGAUUGUAAUUAAUAAAAGAAGCUUUGAGUCUUGAUAUAUGGUUUUCAUUGGAUAUAGUUUGCGGUGAAUUUCAUUCCUAGUUAAGAGUAACUAUUUUUAGGCCGAUAAUAGUGUAAGAAACAGUUUCGUGUCACAGCGCUGUAAAACUUGUAUGCAAUGCUAUUUCUUGACAUAGGUUUGGUAAAAAAUACAGUAGAUAUUUGUCAAAGAUACACACGAAAAGAUAGAUUAUAUGGCAACGGAGUAGAUGAAGUGGGGCGGUCAGUUACGAGAAUUACCAGUAGAGAUUCAAGUGGAGGAACGUUAAUUGUUCCUUUUUUUUUGUUAAGACCCCUCACCACCCUUGUUGGUCUAAAUUUGUAAUGUUCGCGGCGAGCAGUGAUUUAUUUUCUCGUUUUUUGUAUAAGAUGGACAAUGAGAGCUCACAGCAAACAACCAAACUGCUUUAAGCGCGGGAAAACGCGGGCGACCAAUUGAUUAAUUGUUUUAGCUUGCAAUCACAGAACGAAGUGAAGACCAGGCAAAGCUGCACAGCAUUUCAAGGCAGCAUCCUGCAAAAUUGUUGGAUCGUGUUGCGAGAUGUUGUGAAAGAGCCAGGCAAACGCGUGCAACAUCGUACAACCACAGGCAAACCACAAUAUAUCUUCGUGGUUGAUAAUUGUUGACAUGAGACGAACAAAAGCUAUGAGGUUCGUGAACAAAGCUCUGAAAAUUGC